AUGCGUAGCUUAAAGUGUGUAAUGAUUUUGCUCCUUAUCAUUUGUUAUGGACGCAUUUCAGGAAAAUUAAAAAGGAAAAACGAAAAAUACAUUUUACAAUUACUUCAAAAAAAUGAGAAUUACAAAAUCGUGACAUUAGAACCAGAGUGCACAGCAGGGGUAAAUAAUCAUCUGCAAGAAGGAUCAAAAGACUCCAACAUUAACAGAAAAGAGUUUUUACUUCACAAUUACAUAGUUAUAAAAAAUUCUCGAUUUACAAAUGAAAAUACUUUAGAAUUAUAUUCAUCAAAAGAAGAAAGCACUAAAAGUUAUUUAGUUUUAACCUUUUACAUAGGUGAUUUCAAUUUCAGCGCUGGUAAAGACGAUCCAUAUGAAGUAAAUUUAAUUUUGAGUAUAGUAUCAACAAAUAAAAAAAACACAUGUAAACAUAAUAAUUACAAUAUUGUUUUGUUGAAAUCUGCAGAUGUAAAUAACCCAUCAGAAUUUGAAAUUUUAACUGAACCGAUUAAAUUUAAUAUAAGUAAAACAUCUGGAAGUUUUCGAAUUAAUGUAAGUAAUUUUUUCGUAGAUGGAAUAUGGAGGGCUUUUAUAAAAGACAAAAUUUCUUUUUUAUUAAAACCAGAAGAUAAUUGUUACACAGUGUUGGAAGAUAAAUUAAAUAAACCAUCAUUAAUAAUUGAAAAGAAAAAUAUGUUUUACACAGAAUGGGGUGAAUGGUCUCAGUGUUCUAUGGAAUGUGACGAUCCAGACAAUGUACAAAUUAGAGAAAGAAAAUGUGCAAAUCCAUCCGGUGGUUGUUUUAAAGGGGAUUUAAAAGAAACAAGACCUUGUCAGGUACCUCUACCACCAUGUCAUUCUUUAUAUGAAUACAAGGAAUCAUCAGCCUUUACAAUUGCCAUUAUUCUUCUGCCUAUAGUUCUUAUCAUUUGUAUAAUACUUAUAUUAUAUCACAUGUUUUAUAAAAAAAAAGGAGCUGAAAAGGAGUUAUAUGAAAAUGUGGCAGGUAGAUUUAUGUACGAUUAA